AUGCUCUCCUGUGCGGCGGUUCAGAAACUUGAGCGAUAUGGCCAGCUUGCCCAGAAGCGAAAAACUGCAAGCGACUUUGUAAACUCGUCCCUUCGGGACGCGAAGCGUUCCAACAUUCACGCAUUGACACAUAUUCCCACGUGGCAGGCGUGUCUUGAAGAGCUUGAUCCUGACAUCAGUAAAGGUCAAGAUAAGGAAAAGGAUGCGGCAACUGUGGAAAGCGUACAACCGGGUGGUGGUGAUGUUAAUGUUACAUAUCAUGGAGUACCGUCAAAGGUAACAGUUAGUGAGUCCUUGCUGUACGCGGUAAGUUACGCUACCGCGCUUGUUGUGCGCCAUAUGGACGAGCAACGGUUCAACCUAAGAAAUGAGAAUGAGCGGAAUGGGGAGAAUGUUUCAUUGGACGGGAAAGUUUUCGCUACGCCCCUGGAAGAAGCAGUGGGGCUUCAUACACUUCUGUGGAAGGUUGCCGAGGCAUGCGGUCGCCAUACGAAGGUUUACAUGGGAGACUCACCACAGAUGGCCCAAGCACUGGUACAUUUACUUUCCAGCGCACUGGAUGCAUUUAUCGUGUCAACUAUGUUACGACAUGCAGCUGUCAACGAUACCAACGGGGAGGCUGCGCUGCUGAACAGCUUGUGCCGUAGUAGUACCGGAUUGGUAAUGGCGGUCGUGCGUCAACUCCGUGUAAUGCAAUCAAAGCAGCCGUUCAAUGCUUUGUACAGCGUACGACCUUGCCCCACGCUUCUUUCUCAGUACCUUUCCAAAGCAGGCGCGGGCAUGUCACCUACCAAAACCACCGGCAACGUAAAGGAGGUAAAGAACACGGAGUGUAGUGGUCCGCAGUGUUCCCCUAACUGUAUUAUCCGCUCGAGAAGCCGAGAUGUCGAAAACGACAGUUUCAUGACGAGUUGCCUGCUUACGUGGGCGGACACGGUGGCGAGUGGUUCACUGAUUGCAUCGCUUAGUUAUUUCUCAACUUUCCAGAAGGUUAGUUUCUGUGACGCUAUGGUGUCAGAGGCCCCUUCGGGGUGCUGCUGCACGGAUGUUGGUUCAUUUCGUCGGACGUUGUCCUCUUUGUUUUCUACCGCCGCAUGUAAUCGAGCCACACGUAUCGUAGUGUACUUCCGUGGGGAUGAUAUCAAACUAAUGCAGAACAACGUGCGGGACUCCACGGAGUAUUCGAUGCUUACGCACGUUACCACACCUCCAGUUGAACGAUCGACUCUUUCCUUAUUCACUAAACUCCCCGUUGCUGAGCAGCACCACGCCGCUCUUCUUUUGGCGGGUUGGAUUGCAAGUAUUCCAUUCUUCUUCCGUAGUUUCUGUGCGGAGGAGAGUUGGACCGUGUUUGCUCAGGAACAGCGGCGGAUGGUGUGGCUGAGAGAGCGUGAAACGCGUCAAGAUCGUGGUCGGCGGCGCUGGGGAUCAUCUUCGAGGGCUAAUAGCGUCAGCAGUGGCGGGAAGGAUGAUAGUGAUCACGCUUCUACUCACUCCAGUGAUGGGUACAGCAGGGUUGAGGUAAACACGGAUAAAGGCGACGGUGGUGACGGUCUUACCAAUAGUCAUGCAUCCGACAGAUACGCUGGUAAACGUAUGAGAAACUCUAAUAUCGAUGAUGACGAGGACAGAUGUUCCGUUGUGUCGCAACUAAGUUCUUUUUCACUCAUGAGCCGUGCGAGCAUGAUAUCCACACUGUCGAAGCCAUCCAUCGCAUCCUAUCGGGAAUUUCUCUCUGUUAUCGACGCCAGUAACACAGACAAUGGGCAAACUCACAAUGCUCCAUGUCUACAUCAAUCAGAAGAUGAUAACACAAACCUUCCACUUAUUCUUUUGGAAGAAGUGGUACUCGGUCUCCAGAAAUUUCUCGUUGCUGUAGGUGAAGCUGGUUUGAGUGAUAACCUGUUGGAAACCACUGGUUUACGUGCUUUGAUAUGGCGUACUAUCGGGGACCUAUUUACUUUCGUCCGCAAUACCAUUUCGUUUUCCGCUACAAACAUUACUGCGAAGGGGACGCCUUCUGUAUUUCAUCUUGGAAAUGACCUUCGGUAUAAUAAGGGCCUCGGUUAUGAAGUACUGGGAUUACUCUUUGCGAAAGUUGUUUUGCCGCAGCUACUCACAUCGUGUCACGACGUUGCGCAUGAGACACGGCCGGUUGUGGAACGAGCGCUGACACAGUGCUUGUCCACCUAUGAGUUGAUUGCGCCACAGGUAAUUGAUAAGAACGUUCCAGCGAUUCUACAGAUUGCCUCUCGUAUCUCCAAGGCGAAUGCGUCGAGUCAUCUGGGUGGUGAAAAAGCAGAGGCGUUUCCUACUACAAUUCUGCACGAUUUUCUUGUCAACCUGAUUACGCGUUUGGGGAAAGGCAACAGGAUAUCCAUGUUACUCGAUGCAAUCGUCUUGCAGGUAAAGGAGGAUGGGAACGCGAUUUACCGAAGUAAGGUCGUGGAGGGUGAGGACACAGUGGUCGGGGGCACCGCAGCCAGCAGCACAACCGUAGGACUGCGGGAGAUCUUUUCCCGUCCUGACAUCCGUGCAGCAUUGAUAGAGGCAUGCAAUGUUUCCAUGGACCCAGAGCACCUGCUUCUUCGUUUGUUAUCGUACGUCUCUAACUGGGCUUCUGAAGAGGAGGUUAACGAAGAAAGCGGCGGCGGCGAUGAUGCCGCAACAAACCCAGAGAAGGACGAAGUUACAGCAUUGGGAACUGAAGAUCAGAAACUAAAUGUAAAGACCACGAUGUCUCGUAUGGAACCUCAGGGUGUACUCUUCAUACUUGAUGUAGUCUCGACGGUAUUGAGUGGAGUUGUACCAACAUCCAUCUCAGCCACUUCUAUCCUUGAGCGAGCAGCAGAGUUGGAGCUCGCACUGUCGUCGUUUUUUGUGAACAAGUUGCACAAAACGUUCCUACCGGUAAAGGAGCAAAACUCAAGGGAGGACGAUAAGCUGAAGAAAAAAAAUGAAAAAAGCUCCCUUCUUCUGUGCAGCGCGGCCGUCAUUCCGCAAAAAAUGGUCCACCGUCUUGUACUUCUUACUCUCAAUGCCAUUUACAGUUCACGGACACUUAUCCUAAGUUGCCUUCAGGACCUUGGUAUCUCUAAUUUGGAUGCUUACUUACAACUUCUCGAAGAAUCCAUGUGGUGUCUGCAGCAGCAGGUGGACGCCCUUGUCGGUUCCCUUACCGUCGACGAUCUGUGCGCUUCGCUAAGCAUAACAACUCAGAUGAGGCACGCACACACCACGCAGUGUCCACCACUUAUACCCCGGUUCGUGUUGCAGCGGCUCAUGUUAGCGCGGUCCACAUCCAUGGCCCUUGGCUUCACUGUUGGUCCCGCCUCGUCGGCUCGGAGAUUGGGGAACACUGUGCUUUCCUACAUGCUUGUGGAAAGUGAGGGCGGUGUGUUGCCUGAUCAUGAGGCCGAUCUGGCUUUGUCAUUGGCCGACACGCUAAACGAAGAAGAGUGGAGUUCCCUUGUUCAUUUCACAAAACCAAAACGUGUUCGUGCAGCUUUUGUUUGGCUCCUACAGCUCAGUUUCACGAAAUCGAAGAGUGCUCAAUGGCUUUCAAGGUGCAUGGCGGCAUGCGGAGGUUUGCUGUUGGAGGCCCUCUGUGAGGUGUUGGUGAAUGUUGAUGACUCGGAACUUCUGGCAUGUCGUCACGACAUGACCUCCAAGAAUGAAAAUGAUAGCGCAGGUGGUAAGGGGUCCGAGGAUACGCCCCUGAUUAGGUUGUUUGCAGCGUUAAAUGAUGUUUUGGGUCGUGUUGGUCACCUUCCGCAGUGGCUUCCGAUUCUACAAAAUUUUGUGCAUUGGUUGAUGAUUAUUUAUAAGGAAGAGAGAAACGUUCAACGUAGUAUGUCGUGCUUGCUACGGCAACAAAUUCUUCAGUUCGUAUUAAAUCUUCUGGUGUGUGAGGAGGGCGUGCGAACACUUUUCCGUUGGGUUCUUUUACACACACAAAGCGAGGAAAAUCAAGAAAAUCAUCGUUUUGAGCAUUAUCGUGGUCGAAAGAGUGACCGCAAGCGCGACGGACUCAAUGAGGCAUUCAUGGAAACCGUAGGGGUUCAGUUUACAGUCGCCGAUGCCAUGCUUUACGCUAGCAACAGAUAUACAGCAGAGGGGGAAAGUUGUACCGAUGCGGAGGGGAUCAGGGUGGCAGCGGCAAAGCAAGGAAUCGACGAUUGUACGAAGCUUGUGCGUAGAAUGUUCUCAGCAAAGUUUGCAGCCUUGCUGAUACAACAAUGUAGCACGAAGGACAGUGAUAGCGGAUUGUCACUGUCAUCAAGAUAUGCAUUGGGCAUAUUGCGGCAGCUCUACACCAUGGCCAUGACUGCGUGUCGUUAUGAUACCAAAACAGCCAUGAGCUCCCCUAUCGCGCAAAAAUUCAUUAUUAGUGUCGCUGACAAAAUGCACGCUUGCCUCGAAGACGGGAAUUACGCUGUUCUUUCAAUAUUUUUGGACGCAAUGAGCGGAACUUCUUUAACUUAUGUUCUCAAAGAGGGCCACAGGGAUACUGCCUCGACAGUAAGAGUGCCGGAAAAACGGCGUCGCGUGGAGAAUAGUGAGAGUGGUGACAACGGGGAGAAGACUCGUCUCGCAGAUAAGAAGCAUCACCGUUCAGCAGAAGACAUCAGAGCUAAAGAGGAAACCGUGGGGGAAAGAAAGGUUUUCGAAGCAUCGCUAGGUGGUGUUGACCACGUGGAGGCCACGGAGGACAAAAAAGAAUCAGCAAUAGUUGUAGAGGGAACCAAGUUGACUGAGGUUUCCUUGCGUUGGGUGGAUCUUCUGCGUAAGUUGCUUCAAGAGGUGGUGAAGGGACUUGUGGAGGAGCGUCACCAGCCCCAAUCAUCCGUGCCACUGCUACACGCUAUGUCUUCGCUUUAUGUCACACUGGAACGUGUUCGACUUCCCGCAUUGAAAGAUGCGUCAGAAAAUGUGAACCAUCGUGGGAAAGGAGGAAAAGCCAACAAAAGGGGGAGGAGCUAUGAACGGCAACCCGUUGGGAACGGGCGCAGCUUGGCUGCCGUUGCUGUGGCGUCAGGUGAGCUUUCGGACACCGCCGCAAAGCUGCGCAAAUUGUUCGCACCCUCCAAAAGUGCGUCGCGACGACGCAGUGCCUCGGUGCUGUUGCCGAUGCUGAGUUCGUGCAACCGCGCGGUGACACGAGCCUUGUGGGUUCUUUAUGCUGCGUAUGAGGAGCGUCGGCAAAGCGAUCUGUCUGAAGAUGGUGGUUUUGAAGAUACAACAAACCACUCCCCAUCACGCUGGUUUGCUGCUCUACUAGGGAGCUUCAAUGUGCACGAGUGCGGCAAUUAUGAUAACUUUUGUUCCGAUUCGACGGAUUGUCUGCUGGAGGAAGCGCAAGAGAUUGCAUCACAACAUGAAAGCGAAUGUGUAACACUUCGUAUAGUGGCUCUACAGCGUGAUCCUGCUUAUCAGACGGAAAAAGCGACGCUUUGGUUGAUUGAACAACUUUGUAUCAUACCAGAAAUUCUGCAUACUUUCGCAACAAGCCCCUCACAGUCUUUACUGGUGGAGUAUAUGCAUGCUCUCCUCCACGCGUCCAUACCAUUAGCGACGGGGGCGUGUCAACAUCUUCGAAAGCUACAGGACAGGCAUCAGAAGCUGUUGACGGCUGUAGCAGAAGCGCUGCAUCGCCUCAGCUUCGUUCCACACAUGCGUUUCAGUAUAUGGCGCAACGACGCGAAGCGUCUGUUGGUGAAUGCUGAAGCCGCCGUUGUAUCAUCACACGAUUGCAGCAAACGAAACGAUGAGGGUACACACAGCUUGUGUUGCCGUGUGCUGCAGUUGUGUACGCUGCCCCUUGCGGCGCUACACGAAGAUGAGGUCUUUAUUGAUCACGAAAUGAGUUUCAUUACGUCGUUGCUUUUCACCGGUACCAGUGGGUACCGUAAUGGAUCCCAAUACCUGUCUGAGUCUGUCAUUUUGCGAAUUAUUCGACUACUUUCGGCAACGUUGUUGCCACGGCACGUGCUUUGGCAGCGAGCGCAUCUGUUGCCGACUUUACUUUCCUUCCUCUUCACCCGCUGCCUUGACGGUGUAUCACGUGGCUACUGUAGCAGCGUUGUGCUGAAUCAACUUGCUUCGUUCCUGUUUCAGCUCGUGAAGGAUGCCACCCACGGUCACUGCCACGGCAUUUCGCCAUCCUUGAAGUCAUUGUGUCUCUCUUCCAUCACGUCGUGUCUCUUCCGACAUUCAGCAGCGUACAUUGAUGUAUUCACAACUCACAGCAACGAUUUGGAUUACAUUGCCGCAGACCUUUUGAAAGCUCUUCAGCAUGUCCACCUCCCGUCACGGCGGAUGCAGGCGGUACCGAAGAAAUUCAAAACAGAAGGGAAUGAAACGGGGGGCGAUGAGGACGAGGAGGAGGAGGAGGACGCUGCAAAGCAGUCAGACGCCACAAUGUGUGACUUAAGUUACGCUUGCGUGGGAAAUACCGAUGCGCAACUGUUAUUAAGGCAGGCAGCUGAGCGAGUUGAAGAGGAGGAAGGCAAUGGCUCACGCCACAUAUUCCUUCUUCCUGAAUAA